ACCAUAGACGUACAGCAGUUAUGGCUCAAGCUCUGGCAACACCCGUCGCCCCUUCACUCUCUCUUAUCUGCACCACCUCCUCUUCCUUCAAAUCAUCUCCAACUUCUCUAUCGUUCUCGACUUUUAAUCCUCCAAAGGUUGGUGGAUUGAGCAUAAGAUGUGCUCGUGUAGGAGGAGUGGAGAUACCAAACAACAAGAGAGUGCAGUAUUCGCUACAGUAUAUUCAUGGAAUUGGUCGAACCAGGGCACUUGAGAUCUUGAAUGACCUCAAAAUGGAGAACAAAAUCACCAAAGAUUUGUCGGAAGAAGAACUUAUUACGCUUCGUGAUGAAGUUUCUAAGUACAUGAUUGAAGGAGACCUUAGGCGAUUCAACGCGCUUGCUAUUAGGAGAUUGAAAGAAAUCCAGUGCUACAGAGGCAUACGCCAUAUUCAGGGACUGCCGUGUAGAGGACAACGCACGAAGAACAAUUGCAGGACUUUGAAGGGCAAGAAGAUUGCAAUUGCCGGCAAAAAGAAGGCCCCACGUUAGACUUGACUCUCGGUUUGUUCAUUUCUUUCUCUCUUUACGUGAAAGACUCUUGUUUAAUGUAGAUUAUCCUUGUUUUAUGUUGAAAUUACACUUCUUUUCGAGUUCAAUGAUUCAAUUCGGAAUUUUCACCUACAA